AUGGAUGUGAACCAGCACUUUCAGCAGCUUGACCAGCAAUUCGAAGAUCUUCACCACCACCUUGCCGAAACAGCAAGACCACAAUCAUCCCAAUCAUUAUCGCCAUUCGUCUCACAGCACUUUGCCAUUCCAAGAGUGCAAAACUCCCGCCAUAUCGAUCUUCUAGAUGCGCUUUCAGCAUCAGAAAAGUACCGGCGAGAAAAUAACCGCCCGGUCGCCUCCCCUCCCUCCAGUCCUUACAAUGAAGAUGUCGCCGAGCGGAACAUGACAAGGUUCCUACGUAUUCAAUAUCGAAGUGGAUUAGCAACUUCUCGGAUACUAUCCGCGUUAUAUCAAGAGGACGUGGCAGACAGGAAUAUCGCUAAAUAUGGCGAUUCUCGUUCCUCGUCAUCCUUAAGCUCUCGCUCGUCUCCUCCUGCGCCUGGGGGCGCAAGCACGGUGAGCCGAACCGGUUCAAGACGGCGUGGCCCUGGAAAACGUUUCCCUGUGAAACCGAGUUGGACAUCGGAAGGCGAUCUGCGGACUCGCUCUGCCACUCCGGACGCAAUGUCUACUGCUUCUUCACGACUGUCGCAUCUAAGCCAUCUUGUUCGCCAACAAAGAUCAGCGCCCAGUCUGUCUCCAGAAGAGGCAGCUGCCGCGUACGAGGCGGAAGAGGAUGCGCAACCAGACACGCCACGUGCUAGCCAGCGCCUUGGUGUUCCUCCUGCCUAUAAACAGGGCAAAAGAUGGAGCACGACACCGCUGCCAGAUAGCCCUACGCUGCCCAUGCCAAUGGGCGAUGGUGACGGCAAUAAUGGCUCGCGAUCAGCUACGCCGGUAGGAAAACCUCCAGCUACAGCGGCUCGGACUUCCUCGUUGACCGCAAGGUCAGCUUCUCCAGCUCUAGCCUCGGGGUCGAAGUCACGAAAGAAUGUUCGCGACCUUUCCAUCAAUACAAAACUGGCCGCUUCAGGCCGGCCGAAAAUCGCGCAUCGCGCCAUUCAGCCCCCAACGCCUUCAAACAAUGAUAUGAAGCGGGCUCCUAGUAUCGCAGAGGUCAUGAACAGCCCUCUUCCGACCUCCAGCCCUAUUCCUCUGGGCCCUGAUAACCCGUCGCCUCGCUUCAAGGCCUCGGAAAUGAUGGACCUGUUCAAUAAGGCAUACAGGUCUACCCAGGCUGUCAGCCCCCAUCCGACCUACGAGACCUUGCAAGAUGCCAUUGUCCGUGAGAUCAAUUCUCACGAGGCGUUCCGCAAUGUUCCUGUUCCUGUCGCUGGCCCUCCUUUCACACCCACUGCAACCCAGGGGAGCUUUGACCCCAAGAACAUAGGGUUGAACCGCAGUGCUUCAGUCGGCUCGAUAUCCAGGCUCAUGCGAAAGGGCUCCUUCAAGAAACACAAGUGGAACUCGGAAUCCCGCCGCAGCAUCUCCUCCAGCGUUCUACGACGAGGCCCCGGCCAACGAAGACACACUGACGCCCCGCCCCCAACUCCAGGCUUCCUAGCCGACAUCCAAAAGGAACAAGAUGGCAUGCGCCCGAACACCGGCGAGGAGCUUACCUACAUGGACGUCCUUAUCCGUGCCGGCAACGACAACCCCUCAACAUCCCACUCCAAGACUCCAUUUGCAUCUGCAUCACGGAAACGCCACUCAGCCUCCACCUCUAAUCUAUCUACCCUCGCUCGAUCUACCACCGAAAUUUCCACCACCACAACGGGCACCGUGUAUUGCAUGCAAGCCCACUCAAGUUCAAAUGACAGCCAAAACGAGCACGAAGACAGUGACGAUGAGAUCCUCCAGCUUCCAAGCGUUAGCAUCUCCCCGCCCCGCGUCCAAAUCGAAGGCGUAGACGAGAACAAUGUCCGCUACGUAAUCGACUCGUCCACCCCUGUUGAUGCCGAAAAGCUCAUCAAUUGGCCCCAGAGAGCCCGCAACAUCAGUUCUCAGAUUGGCUGUGAACGCAGUCUGUCGCCGCGGACUCGGGCACGGAUGCAGCUUCGCGGAGCUCGCUCUGUCGAGACUUACUAG